GACGAUUUUAGCUGGCCAAAAUUGGAAUUAUUAAAAGUGACCGUACCCAAUUAAUUACCUACCCAUAUUAUCUCUCGAUAAUGGUCGCUUAAUGAGCAAUUAAUGGUUUGGUUAUAAAAGUAGUAAUUGGAACUACACAGUCUAGGUAAAUAUCCGAUCUAUAUCUGCGUGGUUCAUUUUAUUUACGAGCGAUUUUAGUGGUGUUUAUUGAAGCUCUGUUCAAGUAUUUACAACAGAAGUUUUACAGUGUUAUAUCAUGGAUGAAUCUAUGACAGAUGGGUCAUCAGGAAUGCAAACAAUCUCUCGUUUGGAUUUCUACAACAGUAUUCAGCAGCAGGAGGCUCCAAAUUUCAAUGAAAAAAUGGACUUAGCUGAUCAAAAUUUGUUAUCAAGAAAUCAAUAUACCGAAGAACUAAAAACAGUAUACAAGCGUCAAAUGUCGAAGUUGAAAGCUAUUUUUAGAAAAAUGUGGUCGUCUUCAUCCAGAACUCAUGAAAUAUUUAUUAAGAAGCAUGGCCCUUGGCUGCAAGGGAGUUUCCAAAUACCGGGUACCCCAUCCACUCCAUCAUCAGCCAGACGACCAAGAAAAAGUUUUGUCGAUUUUAGUGAACGUUCAAAGAGGAGAAAAAUAGAACAGCUCAGGAAAGAUGUGGAACCAGAAGCUAUUGUUUUUGCAGCUGAAACUUGUUUGACAACAAGUGGCAAAAGAAGUGCUGCAACUGUCCUCAAAGAUCUUAAAACAUCUCCAAAACGAGCGGGAAAGUAUAAAAAAGCCUAUCGCAGCAGUCUUGAAUCUACAAAAAAAUCAUUGACACCGUUAGAGGCUCUUUUAAUAUUUACUGAUGCAGGCCUAACAAAAUCUCAAUAUGAAAUCUUACGUACAAGUGACAAGAAGCAAUGGCCCUGCUACAGUAUUUUGGUCGAAGAAAAAAAAACAUGCUAUCCUGAUCCUGAUUCGUUCACAGUCACAGAAAUUUUAGUUGAAGUAGACUUACAAAGUCUGUUAAGCUAUACUGCCGAAAGAUUGGUGUUGUAUUUAGAAGAAGUUAUCAAGACUCUAACGGAAAGUGGGCGUAAACAUAUGAAAUUAUCUACAAAAUGGGGUUGUGAUGGCUCCCAGCAGACACAGUUUAAUCAAAAGUUUGAGGAUGACUCUAAUUCUGAUGCCAGUAUAUUUCAAUGCUCAAUGGUUCUAUUACAGCUAACUUGUGGAGUAAAUAAAAAGGUUAUCUGGCAAAACACUACACCAUCGUCUCCAAGGUUAUGCAGGCCAAUUCGAAUUAGGCUGAUAAAAGAAACUGCUGAUGUAAUAGCUGAAGAAAUUGCUUACAUGGAAAACAAAAUUGCAGGCUUGAAACCAACUCAACUUCAAGACAUAGCAGUAGAACAUGUGAUGAUGUUAACUAUGAUUGACGGAAAAGUCUGUAACGCAGCAACCACCACUAAAUCAACCAUGUGAUGUUAUAUUUGUGGAGCAACAUCAAGACAAUUUAAUGAUUUGGACAGAACAUGUGUUGACAAUCAAAGCAGCUACAAAUUUGGACUAUCCAUUCUGCAUGCUAGAACACGGUGUUUUGAAAGUCUCCUUCACCUAUCAUAUAAAUUGCCUGUAAAAAAAUGGCAGAAAAGGCUGAAUGAAGAUGAGAAGAGACUCAUCUCAGAUAGGAAAAAGUAAAUCCAAGAUUUCAAUUCAAGAGCAAAAUGGGCAUUCUUGUCGACAUACCUAAGGUUGGAUUUGGGAAUACCAAUAACGGCAACACAAGCAGGAGAUUCUUCAACGACCCAGAAACAUCUGCAGAUAUCACUGGAGUAGACUUCCAUUUAAUUUCCAGAAUGAAAUUUAUCCUAGGAGUAAUUUCCGGUGGUUACAAGAUUGAUGUAGAAAAGUUCAGACAGUAUACUUUGGAUAUUGCAAAGCUUUAUAUUGAACUAUACCCCUGGUGUUCAAUGACUCUAACUCUGCAUAAAGUUUUAGAACAUGGUCCUGAUAUAGUAGAGAAUGCGCUUUUGCCAAUUAGACAAUUGACGGAAGAGGCUGCCGAAGCCAGAAAUAAACGUUUCCGGGAGUACAGACUUAGCUAUGCUAGAAAAUUUUCUAGAAAAGAUUGUAACCAAGAUAUCAUCAAUAGGUUAUUGUUAACAUCCGACCCUCUGUUGUCCAGCAUUGGGAAAAAGAAACACAAACUUACAAAGCCUUUUUCAAAAGAAGCUGUGGAAUUGCUUCUUCCU